CACUACUAGUCUGUGAGAGAGAGAGAGAGAGAGAGAGAGAGAGAGAGAGAGAGAGAGAGAAGUCUUUGGAGUGAAGCGAUGGUUUCCUUGCAACCAGCCCUUUCUCCAAAUCCAAGAAAGGCAAUCCCGGAGUUGGAGAAUUUAUCAAAGAAGAGAAAGUUGGAAGGUCCAAAAGCCGAACAGAUUUUCGAGAAGCAAUCAAAAAUGGAAAGCACAACAUCCAUACUCGAUAUCGAGCUACACCUCGAGACUCCAUUACCUCUAGAAUGGCAACGAUGCCUUGAUAUCCAGUCAGGUCAGGUACACUUCUACAACACAAGGACCCGGAAGAGGACAUCUAGGGAUCCAAGGAGGAGCCCUGAGCCAGCUACUCCGGAUGAUGAUUAUGAUCAUGAUCAUGAGCAUAUGAGCUUAGACCUCCAACUGACCCUACCAUGCGAAUCACACAGAAAAAGCCAUGCGGACGACAGUUUCACCAAGCCUACUUCAGGUAGGCCCGCACGUGGUUCAAAUGAUCAUCACAUGUCUAUGGAACUCAGCAGACAAGAGAAAAACUCGGGAGGCAGCGGCAGCACCACUGUGCGGAGUCCAUGGUGGUUGGCGCUCGAAGAGGAUCGCCAAGAGAUGGUAGCAACUGUGUGCACAAACUGUCACAUGUUGGUCAUGCUGUGCAAGUCAUCUCCUGCUUGCCCUAACUGCAAAUUCAUGCACCCACCAGAUCAGAGCCCUCCAACUCUAUUCAAGAGAAGGUGUACUACUCUCUUGUGCUAGUAAAUUAAGCAAAAAGUUUUAGUUGUUAGGGUUUGGGAUCUGCUCAAGGCCCUCAACUCACGUAUGUUUACGUACGUACAAUUGAAUCUGUCUUUAGAAGUGAAGUAUCUUGCUGGCUAGAGAGCCCUUAAUUUGCUGGCUUUA